GGGCAGCGCGCACCCUCCGCGUCCCGCGGUGCCCGCGGCUGCGGCACAGAGCGGCCGGGCCCGGGGUACGGGGGUGCCGCUUACUGGGGUGCCCCGGAGAAAGUUGCGUGCGAGCUCGAGCUGCGCUGGAUUUUUUAACUCUGAACUUUUUUUUUAAAUGAAAUUUGAAGAUGAAGUGUUAUUUUGAGGACUUAUCGUCAUAUUGGAUUGUCCGAGCGCACGGAAGAAAGAAAGGCAGUUGGGUACUUUGCCACGUUUUUCUCUUCUCGUAAACGCUUAUAAUAGCGCUUGUUCCACUUGCAAAGGUGGAUUGUUGUGCAUGGAAGCACAACCAAAGGCUGUUUCCGAAGUACAGCCCCUCUUUGUGAUCAGCGCUGGCAUUCCGGGAGACUUGGUUAGCGAUUUUUGCAGCUCGCAGUUGAUAUUGUUGGAUUAAUAAAUUCUUGAGGCACAUUGCUCUGUAUAACAAUAUUGAGUGGCACCUUUAGUGUCAAAGAUCUACUUUGCAACAUGCAAAUCCAGUUUUUUCAGUAUCAAUAAUAAAACUAUACCCUCUUCAAGACGUGUUGAUUUCUUUAAGUAACUUCUCAAAACAUAGCUUGGGAUGUAAAAGACUAUCUGGAACAACAGUAAAUACUGUGUUGUAAUUAAAUGCUAUUGUUCUUGUUAUUAAUGUAAGAAUCUUACCAUUAUCAGAUUACUUAAUAUUUCAGAUUCCACUCUCUCUCUCUCAUUUUGCAGCGAUGGACUGAAGCUCGAAACUGAAGUGCUGGAUGGAAAGCCUAGGCUAAUUUUAGCUUCUUCUGGUAUUUUUUUAAUCAUUUAUCUCAAGUAAUCUUUAAAGCUUCUUGAAGUUAAACCUAAUAUCCAAGCGACAUGAAGCCCAGCUUUCCUGAAAUAUUUUUCAGAGUAGGAAGAAUGUUUGUGCAUUGUUAUUUACAAGUCCUCUCUCUCACCAGCUCGAUUCUGAACACUGGGUUGAUAAUGAAGCUCUGAAUAGUCUGCCCACCAGGGAACAGGUGGCGAAUAGUCUCCGCUCCUUAGGUUGUCAUAAAAAAAAAAAAAAAAAAAAGGUUAAGUGCUAUUGUGUAUCAACUGGCAUAACUUGAUAAUUUCUGUAACUUUAUAGCACAUUACUUGCCAGGAUAAAAGAGGCCUAAAAACUGCUUAAUUUACACAGCAUUACAGUCACAUUUUUCAAGUAGCUUCAGUGUUUGCAAUUAACAUUUUCAAUUUUCAAUAAGCUGUUUAUUUAGGCCAAAUCUCACUACUGCCAUCUGAGAUAUAUAUUGGAAAAAUCUAUGUUGGUAAUUAAGUGUUAAUAAAUUCUGUUUCUGUGAUUUGUCAGCAUAUAUCUCUAUAAUAAAUUCCAUUUUUGUGAUUUAUCAGACAUACAUUUCUGUACAAGCCGACUUUUCCUAACUGUUCUACAUAGUCAGGAUACAGAAAUUCUCCAUUAAAUGCCCUUUAAAUUAUAAUUGAUUUUCUGCAUUUACCAGACAGCUGCCUAAUGAGACAUUAUGUGGUGUUUUGAGCCACAAGGAAUUCCAGUGCUCUUUACAAUCAUCCUUAGCAUCUUUGGCUGGGGAGGGGCAGUCUGUGUUCCAGAGUGCUCCAAGAUAAAGCCUUGCCUUGGACUGUGAACUAGCCUUGAAUAAGCUGUCUUUUCCAGAAUUGACUUGUUUAUACACUGAUAUGAACAGCACUUCCUUGAAUUGAAUGGUGUCAAAAAUUGCAUCAAAUUGUAUUUGUUCUGAAUUUUGGUUUCUGUGCUGAAAAACACUGCUCACAUUCUUAGGAGCUAAAGUAGGAUUACUGUCUCUCUAUUACACAGAAAAAAAUUCCAAAACAAUAGCUCUGUGUACAGGAUUUCUUGAGUACCAUCUUCCCUCUAUUAAUAUUAGAACAUUCUUUAUUCAUAAGUAUUAUAUGGAACAUGGUACUUAGUAUUUUUGAGACUACCACACCUCUAUGCAUCCUCUAGGAUGUGGGUUAAGAGACUGAAGAGGAGACAGGCGUGGGGAGCAAUGCACUGUGGCAUCUCAGUGAUGGAGACAAAAAACCAUCAUGGAACCAAAGAAGGCAUCGCCACAGGGCUCUCUGAGAAACAAUGAAUAGCAGGGGAAGGUCAGACUGGCACAAUAAUUUGAUUAGAUGUGUAUAAAACUGGAAAUAGUUUCUGAAAUAUAUCUAAAUUUUUUUCCAACAUGCUUUUGAAGUGUGUAUACUGAAAUAAGUAAAAAAAGUAAAAUAAUCAGGGCUGAUGGUACGGGGGAAGUACUUCCCCCCGACUUACAAAAAUCAGAUGAAUAUAACAUUUUACUAAUUUCUCGAGAUUGUUUUUCAGGAGCAAGUUGUUAUUAAAUACUUCUUUCAUAUGUUUGUGUUUGUUUCCCAAAAGAUAAAUCAAAGCCUGCCAUGAAGGUAAGUGGAAAAGUUUUUAGAACACGCAAGUUUACUAUUUAUUAACAGAAAAUUUGAGAACUAACUGAACUGUUUAAAUACUUGUAAUCAAUUAUAUUUAUGAGAGAGAAAUAUGUGCUUAUGGGUUCCUUCUAACUUGAGAUAUUCUUUCUCAGGUUUAUAGUAGCUGUUCAAAAUGAUGAACUCAAAGUUCUGUGACUAUUUUUACCUUUUCAAAAUGCUUUAGUUUCCUUGGCCAAGAAGUUAGAGCACCAAAGAAAAUCAUCUAGAUCAGAACGUUCAGAGACCUUAAAGGAAUUCUGGUAAAAUAGAGAUCAGAACUGUGUUUAAUUUCAAGUUUGGUCAUACAGGUUGUCUCUGAGUAAACUGGAAUGCAGUGGGCUUGGGAAGGAGAAAAAGCAGAAAAAGGUCCCAAUACAUAGGAAAUAAUUACAAGUGUACACAAAGGACCUUGGAAAGGAUAAAUCUUUAGUACAGAAUGGAAAAUCAAGAUUGAAAUACUGCUGGCUGCUGGGUGAAAACAUGUACCUGUUUGGAGCCAGGCUUCAGAAACACCAAAAUGGGUAAUAAAGCCAGAGCACCUAAACAGACCUUGAGAAUAAAGCACACUGGGCUCGUCUUGAGGCCAACACAAAAUGCUUGUAUCAAGCAGGAAAAUUUAACAAAACCAAGGAGUGAAUCAAGCUUAUCAAUGACAAAAGGUGAAAAGCUGCAAGUUAAUAAACGCUCCUCACAUGAAGCCACAACUAAAGAUCACUCUUUGAUUUUCCAAAGAGAUAAGACAAACAGAUACCCUGAUUCAGAGGAUCCUAAUAUUGUGAAAGAAACUAAACAGAAACCUCAAACCCCAUGUGUAUCAGCUGAAGACUUUAAAAGUUUGGUGUGUUUAACACAAGAACAGCUUCAACAGAUACUGAUGAUUGUUAAAGAAGGGAGAAGCAUCUCUGAGACUCAUAAUGAAAAGCAAGAGGAAAUGGCUUCUUAUGAGGCAUCAGAGGAGAAUGUUACACCAUCACUCCAGAAAGACUGUGAAGUGUCCCUGGUUCCAGAUGAAGCAAACUCUGAUUCAAGCAGGAAACAAGAAGCACAUCCACAGCCCGGACAAAAAGUUACAAAGGAUUCAUGGAAACCUGCUGACAUGUUUAGUACCUUGGGUGAAAGAGAAGGGGAGAAAGCCUUAUUGGAAUUUAAAAAGGCCCAAUGGAAGAAGGAAUUAGAUGAACAAGUAGCACUGAAGAAGAAACUGAAAGAAACUUUGGAGGGAAACAUGGGCGAUUUCUGGGCAAAACCUGGCAAUAAUAAAACCCAUAAAGUGGAAACACCUGACCCAGACCAGACAAUGUUUCCAGCUGAUUCAGUUCAUGGCACUGAGGAAAACUCUGCCUGUACAGCUGCUUUAGCCACAGAGCCUGAUGGAGUUGCACUGAAUGUUCCAGGAGCUCCAGCUGGGCAGUCUUCUGAUUUCAGUUCUUCUGACUUUCCAGCUGGCAGUUGCACAGCAUUGGCUUUCAGGGAAGCUGUGCCACAGGAACGACCUUUUAGUGCUUUGAAACAUGAGCAACAGAAGAAGUGGCUUGAAGAGUUGGACAAGCAGAAGGAAGAAGCUAAAUUACGAAAAAUAGAAGAAAAACUUAAUUUAUCAAAGGCAGAAGAGCAUGACAGAUGGGCAAUGCAUUUUGAUUCUUUUAAGAACCACCUUAAUGCUAAUGCACAACAGGGAAUGUACAGAAAGCCUGAAAGUCUUUGCCUGUCACCUGACCACAAGGACCCGACUGCUUUCAUUCACCCUUUGUCACCUGCAGCUUUAGGCAACCUCAUGCCUUUACAGGUGGGAACUGCAGAAAAAGCUGCUAAAAGUGGUGCUUUGGAACAAAGUCAGAGAGUCAGUUUUCUCCGUUCCAUGACAGCUCUGCUGGACCCUGCACAGAUUGAGGAGAGGGACAGGAGACGGCAGAAGCAGUUGGAACAUCAGAAAGCAAUAAUGGCUCAGGUGGAAGAAAAACGGAAGAAGAAACAACUGGAGGAAGAGCAGAGAAAAUGGGAAGAACAACAGGAAGAACUGCGCCUGGCACGAGAAAAAGCACAACUGCAGAAACAGUUUGAAGAAGAAAUGCUGAAACAAAAACAAAAGGAGGAACUUGCAACUCUUAAAGCCAAAGAGCUUUAUCAGACAAUGGAAAAAGCUCAGGAAUUAGCCCAUGGAUCAAAACAACAACAGCACAUUCCAGACUUGGCUCAGAAGGCACAUGACAUUUCAAAACUUCAGAACAAUCUUGGUAGUGGUGAUACACAGUUUGAAAAUUGUAAUUCUGGCAUUUCAGCACAAAGUACUGAUUUCCCUGAUGGUGUGGAGAGCAGUCCCCCUGAGCAGCAGGCUUCUCCUCGGAGGGACACCGCGGUGCAGACAGAUUGCUAUAAUACUUCAGCAUACACUGAGUCAGCUGAGGAAAGAACUGCAUGUUGUGAAUCACCUGAUAUUUCCAUAGAAUAUAAAGAAACCUCUAACAGUAAAAAAUACCAGAAGGAAAUGCAGUAUACGGAUAAAAAUAAACUUUCAGGAAAAGAGACUGGUGGCAUUUACAGUGAUCUAUACGAGCAAUAUGCAAGAAGAGAAAGACAAAUUAAGUCUUCAGAAAAAUACAGCAAAAGACCUGACUGGAACAUAAACAAGCCUGGGAAAAGAUACAUUCCAGCCUCAGAAAGGUACCCUAAACCACUGCAGAAACAAAGGGAAGAGAACAAAGUGCGCCGCCAAAUGGAGCUGCUGCAGUUGGUAGAAAGGAACAGCCCUGGGCAGCUCAGUACAAGAAGAGGGGGGCACUCAGCCAGGUCUCUCUCACCUCGGGAAGAAACAGCUGGGAAGAACAAGGGCCACAGAGGCAGGAAGGAAGAACAAUUUCAUAAGAAUCACUUGAAUGAAGAAAGGUCUGAAUCCCCACCUGUUCCAGCAGUUAGGAACAGAUUACUCCAAGUACAACAAAGACAGAUCCAGGCUUCUCAUUUCCUGGUGCAGAACCACCAUGGUAGGAGAGAGAGGAGCAGCAGGGCAGACGCUCAGCAGAGGAGCUCCCCCGCUGCCGUCCCUGAGGCCGCGAGACCUCCCUCGGCACAGUUCGUGCCCUACGUGCGCACGCGGGAGGUUUAUUACCUCGACCCUGAGGCACCGCUGAGCCGGCCCUCAACACAGGACCCCCAGCAUCGACACCUGCACGAUUCUUACCAAAUGCCACGACAGAUUUUUAGCUCAGAUCACAUUAGAGAUCCUCUUCUCAAUCCUGAUGUAGUUACAAUCAGAGAGAGACAACAAGCAAUUCUCAAAGGAUUGUCAAAAUUACGACAGGGCCUCCUGCAGAAGCAGAAGGAGUUGGAGAACACUCUGAUUCCCAUUGUAGCUCAAGAGAACUUCAUGCCACCGUUUUGAGAGGUACUAUCAAUGUUCUGAAUUCUUAAAAUGGAAAUGCACAGCACUUUGCUACUGUAAUUAAUUAUGAACCACCUCUAGUUUUUUUUAUGAAAAUUAAAUUAUGAGAAUUUUGAUAGACUACAGGGUCAUGUUACCUUUUAUAUUGAAGAUACAUUAAACUAAUGAUGGUUUGUCUGUUUAGAAUAAAGAUGUGUCAAUUUAAUAUAAACCACCAAAAACAUGGAAGAAACCUGUUACAUAGGUUUUUGUAGAACUCAGUGUGUGAAUUUUGGUAAAUAAAAAGAUUAAGAUGUA